AUGGACACACAAGCAGGAAUAUCUCCGAAGGACAUCUAAUGUUAUCCCCGGAUUGUGACAUAAAAGAUAAUGACAGUAGACAGGAUUCUCCAGGAGAUAACCCCAUUACCCCAAUUGUACAUCCAGCUCUAUCAGCUGAUCCCUCUGAUCCUGGGAAAUGUUCUCCUGAUCACUCUGAUAUUGGUGCAUCUGUUACAGUACUGACAGUAGAUACAGUGUUUCCCUGUUCUAUAGAUGCCAAAUGUUUUACACAAAACACAAAGCCUAUUACCCAUCAGACAGGUAAGGCAGGUGAGAGGCCAUUUCCAUGUUCUAAGUGUGGGAAAUGUUUUGCACAGAAAUCAUCUCUUGUUAUACAUGAGAGAAGUCACACAGGUAAGAAGCCAUUUUCAUGUUCUGAGUGUGGGAAAUGUUUUACAUCCAAAUCAUAUUUUGUUAUACAUCAGAAAACUCACAUAGGUGAGAGUCCAUUUACAUGUUCUGAGUGUGGGAAAUGUUUUACACGUAAAUCACAUCUUGUUCAACAUGAGAGAAGUCACACCGGUGAGAAGCCAUUUUCAUGUUCUGAGUGUGGGAAAUGUUUUACACGGAAAUCACAUCUUGUUCAACAUGAGAGAAGUCACACCGGAGAGAAGCCAUUUUCAUGUUCUGAAUGUGGAAAACGUUUUUCACACAAGUCUUGUCUUGUUAUACAUGAGAGAAAUCACACCGGAGAGGGGCCAAUUUCAUGUUCUGAGUGUGGGAAAUGUUUUGCACAGAAAUCAACUCUUGUUAGACAUGAGAGAAGUCAUACCGGAGAGAAGCCAUUUACAUGUUCUGAGUGUGGGAAAUGUUUUUCACUAAAAUCAAAUCUUGUUCAACAUGAAAGAAGUCACACUGGAGAGAAGCCAUUUUCUUGUUCUGAGUGUGGAAAAGGUUUUUCACACAAGUCAUAUCUUGUUAUACAUGAGAGAAGUCACACCGGAGAGAAGCCAUUUUCAUGUUCUGAGUGUGGAAAAGGUUUUUCACACAAGUCAUAUCUUGUUAUACAUGAGAGAAGUCACACGGGUGAGAAGCCAUUUGCAUGUUCUGAGUGUGGAAAAGGUUUUUCACACAAGUCCUAUCUUGUUAGACAUGAAAGAAGUCACACAAGUGAGAAGCCAUUUUCAUGUUCUGAGUGUGGCAAAUGUUUUAUACGGAAAUCACAUCUUGUUAGACAUGAGAGAAGUCACACAGGUGAGAAGCCAUUUUCAUGUACUGAGUGUGGGAAAGGGUUUAUACAAAAAUCACAUCUUGUUCGACAUGAGAGAAGUCACACUGGAGAGAAGCCAUUUUCAUGUUCUGAGUGUGGGAAAGGUUUUAUACGGAAAUCACAUCUUGUUCAACAUGAGAGAACUCACAGAGGUGUGAAGCAAUUUGCAUGCUGAGUGAUUAAUAAAUCAGCUCUUGUUGGACACAGUAGACAUCACACAAGUGGUGAACCAUUUUAAUCUUCUGGAUAUACUCAUCUUCACCAUUUCCCUGCAAUGUUCCUUCAGGUUUUAUCUUAUGUCCUGUGUUUUUUUUACAAUAUACAUGCUGCUACUGGGUGAAAUAAUAAGACGUCAUGUCCUCCUUUACCUCUGUUAUGCAGAUAACCUGUCUUUGUUCCGGGUACUGAAAACAAUACCAAUACUAAAUGUCUAGCUGAGCUCCAGAUGUGGGUGAUGCUAGUUGGCCAUGACUCAGUCCUAGUGAAUCAGGUCCAUAUGCUAAUGCACGCCGACUCGCCUGUCUUCUGAUUACUUCCACUCCUAUCCAAGAUUUUUCACGUGCUGCUCCCUUACUCUGGAAUUCCCUACCUCUCCCCCUCAGACUCUCCACCUCUCUACAAAACUUCAAACGGGCUCUUAAGACCCAUUUCUUUACCAAACCCAGCCAACUCUCAUCCUAACCCUCUGUUCCACGCUCUCUAUGUACCCCAUCUGUGUCACCCCUGUCUGUCUACCCCUCCCCUUAGAAUGUAAGCUCUCACAAGCAGGGCCCUCUUCCCUCAUGUGCUUAUCCUUUUCUUACUUUAAUAAUCCUCAACUGCCCAAAUCCUGCAGUUUUUUGGCCAUCCUGGAACUUAUCUCUAUGUCAUUUACUGGUGUAGUUAUGCUUAGUUACCCUGUACUUGUCCUAUAUUGUCUUCAACUGUAAGUCACUGUUUUCCUGUUUUGAUUAUGUGCACAUGUACUCUGUAAUUGGGUGCUGCGGAACCCUUGUGGUGCCAUAUAAAU